AGCUUUGCGGUGAGGGCGAGUCGGGGCCCCAGGGAUGCUGCCUUGAGCAACUGACCCUCCUGGAGACCGCGCAUGCCAGCGGGGCCAGAGAACCGAGGGCCCCGCAGUCCCACCUCCCCCCGCCGCCCCUCUCCCGCGCGGAACGCACGCUGCUGACUUCCCCACGGCUUCCAGAACCUCGGAGGCAGGAGGCCGUGACUUCUACCUCAUGAGUGGAGCACCUUGCUGGCCAUGACCAUGACACUCCGCCUCCUGCUGCUGCUGGGGCUCUGCCAGAAGACCGUUUCAGAGGGGCCUCCGCAGUCCCCAGAGAGUCCCGAUGUGCUGGGCUUUGAACUGCCUGCCGUUAACUACGAGACCGAGACCGCGGACUCGUUCACGCCGGGGCCCAUCGGCGCGCUCUUUCGGAUGGUGCAGGUGUUCCUCCGGGUGGUGCAGCCCGCAGCGUUCCCAGAGGAUAUUUUAAGAAAAAUAAUACAAAGGAAGUUUGACUUCUCAGCUGAUUAUGAAAAGCCAGAAAGCGUGGUCUUGACUCUGAAGGUCAUCCACUAUGAGCUCGGGAUCCUCAUCUGCGCUGUCCUGGGCCUGCUGUUUGUCAUCCUCAUGCCUCUGGUGGGGCUCUGCUUCUGCGCGUGCCGCUGUUGUCACAGGUGUGGUGGGGACAUGCACCAGCGGCAGAAGAGGAAUGGGACCUUCCUGAGGAAGUACUACGCAGUCUCCCUGCUGGUGAUCGGUGUGUUUAUAAGCAUUGGUAUCAUCUUCGGUUUCGUGGCAAACCACCACCUCAGGACCCAGAUCCAAAAGACUCGGAAACUGGUAGACAACAAUUUCAAAGACUUGAGGACUUUCCUGAAUGAAACUCCAUCGCAAAUCAGCUUUGCAGUUAGCCAGUACAACACCACUAAGAAAAAGGCAUUCUCGGAUCUGGACAAUAUUAAGUCAUUGCUAGGAGGCAGGAUUCACCAGCAGCUAAGGCCCAAAGUGAUCCCUGUUCUCAACGACAUCAAGGCCAUGGCAGAAGCCAUCAGAGACACCAAGGACGCCCUGGUGAAAUUGAACAACAUCCUGGAGGAGCUGAAAAUGUCGUCCGCACGACUCAGCACCGUCCUGAGCAACGUUAAGAUGGACCUGGAGCAGUCGCUCGGCGACCCUGUGUGCUCCACACCCGCCGCGGAGGCCGUGUGCAACAGCAUCAGGGCGACUCUGAGCCAGCUGGACGACAACAUCAACUUGAGCCAGCUCCCAUCGUUGGAUAAGGAAAUUGAUAAUGUUCAACAUGUUCUUCAAACAGAUUUGUCCAGCCUGGCCCAAGAGGGCUAUAAAUCCUUUAAUGAUAUACCUGAGAUGAUGCAAAACCAAACCGCGGACAUGGUGUCAGGUAUCAAAAACACCUUGAAUGCCAUUGGGCUGAAUGUCGAAACUAUAAACGAAAAGAUUUAUUUUCAGGAUAAGAUGUCAGAUUUAUUGGGUCAUAUCAGUUACGCCGAAUCGUACAUCCGCCACUUGUUGCCCAAGUUGGAAGAGUAUUACGUCUGCUGGUGGCUGGGUGGCUUGGUUGUCUGCUGUUUGCUGACUCUCAUCAUGGUUUUUUAUUACCUGGGCUUAUUGUGUGGCACAGUUGGCUAUGACCGGAAUGCCACCCCAACCACACGAGGCUGUGUCUCCAACACCGGAGGCAUCUUCCUCAUGGUCGGCGUCGGAGUCAGUUUCCUCUUUUGUUGGAUACUGAUGAUCACUGUAGUUCUUACUUUUAUUGUUGGUGGAAAUGUGGAAAAACUGGUCUGCGAACCUUACCAAAACAAGAAGCUAUUCCAGAUUUUGGACACACCAUAUUUACUAAAUGAGAAUUGGAAAUACUAUCUCUCUGGCAUGAUAUUUGACAAACCGGAUAUUAAUCUCACUUUUAAACACGUUUACAGUGAUUGCAAAGACAAUAAAAGCAUUUAUAGCGCUCUGAAGCUGGAGAACAAAUACAAUAUCAGUGAGCAUUUCGACAUCGAAGAGUAUACCGGACACAUAAACAGCAGCCUCGACAAUAUGAACAUGGAGGUCAACAAUGUUGUUCUGCUGGACGCCGCCGGGAAGAAAAACCUCCGGGAUUUCGGUCACUCGGGGGUGGACAGAAUAGAUUAUGAUGCUUACUUGGCGGAGACAGCUAAAAUGCCCACAAAAGUGGAUCUUUUAACAUUUGCAGAUGACCUGGACGAAAAAGCCAACAAAUUGCCCUCCGGAAACUUGAAAUGGUCCCUGACAACCAGCGCGCAAAGACUCAGAAAAACUCACCACGGCGAAGUCGUGCCAUUAGCAUCGUCACUGAAAAGUCUACACCAAAGCAUCCAGGAGCUGCAGCAGCAAAGCAGCGGGUUGGGGGUGAAGGUGACCAAUAUCAUCUCCUCUUUGGAUGCCGCUCAGGACUUCAUCACAAACAAUCUUUCCCCUGUUAUUGCUCAAGAAAGUAAGAAUUACAGGAACACGAUCGUGGGAUAUUUUGAACAUUAUAUGCAGUGGGUCAAGAUCUCCAUCAAAGAGCGAAUCGCAGCCUGCAAACCCGUGGCCACCGCCUUAGACUCUGCUGUUGACAUCUUUCUGUGCAACUACAUUACCAAACCCAUGAAUUUAUAUUGGUUUGGCAUAGGACUAGCGACCCUAUUUCUCCUCCCGGCUAUAAUUUUUGCUGUCAAGCUGGCCAAGUACUAUCGGCGGAUGGAUUCGGAGGACGUGUACGACGAUGUUGAAACUAUACCCAUGAAAAAUAUGCAAAAGGGUACUUUUGGUUUCCAUAGACAUCAAACCACUCAGCUUCUGUGAACUGAGUUGGUCAGCAGAUCCCACUGCACGGGUUUGUGACCUGCAGCUUCUCCAGACGUUGGAAGAGAAGCCUGCCCUUCAGGAGUUUACAGACCCGACGAUACCGUCUGAGACGUGCCCUCGGCCCCGGAGGGACCAGCGUGCACACCUGUGUCCCAGCACUAGAAGUCUGGCGUUGGUCAUCUGAGCCUUCUGUGGAAGUUUAAACGUGUAACACAGUCACUGAUUGCCAGGUUAGCCCUGGAACCAGACACGAAUGUCGUCACGUGUCAUUACACGGGAGGUUAGACUUGUAGUUGGAGGACGGUCAGCAAAUAGCAGAUACGUGUGUGAACAAUA